AGUUGUCCACCUGGCAUAUAUACGUCAUAUAUUAUAUUUUUGUAUAUAUAUACGGAGCCAAUGCAUUAUAAGCACAAAAUUGAGUGUUAUUCUUCUGUGCUAAGUUUAAGAGAGAGAAGUGAAGAAAAAAUGGCGACGUCGGAAUCAGAAGGACAAGUGAUCGGUUGCCACCCCAUGGAAUCCUGGAACGAGCAGCUUCAGAAGGGAAAUGAUAACAAGAAAUUGAUAGUUGUAGAUUUCACCGCUUCGUGGUGUGGACCGUGUCGUUUUAUCGCUCCGUUCUUCGCAGAGUUGGCCAAGAAAUUGCCUAAUGUGACUUUUCUUAAGGUCGACGUCGACGAAUUAAAGUCGGUUGCUAGUGAUUGGGCAGUCGAGGCAAUGCCAACAUUCAUCUUCCUCAAAGAAGGUAAGAUUUUGGACAGAGUUGUGGGAGCAAAGAAAGAUGAGCUGCAGCAGAUUAUUGCCAAACACCAAAAUACUGCUUCAGUUUCUGCUUAGAUAUUAUUUUAUUUUAUUUUAUUUUUAGUCGAAAAAACUUAUUAAAUAUGAUGCUAUUUGAUGGGCUAGUUAAAUUAGACUGGAAGUUUUAUUUCUUUUGCACAUUUGAGUUGUGUUGAAAAUUGUUUUCGAGAUUGAUGUCAUUAGCAAUUGAGUCGAGUAGUGAAUUGAGCUCGACUAGCUUGAUUUUAGAAUUAUUUUAUCACUCUUUUUUUCUUCUAAUCAACCUCGAGUUUAUCUU